AAGCGGUCACACCGAAUCGCGUUUGCAUGUACAUUGACUUGAUUUGCGACAAAUUAAUUUUUAAAUUCCAUAAACGAAAAUGUCGAAAGCACAUCCACCAGAGUUGAAAAAAUACAUGGACAAGCGCAUGAUGCUCAAGCUCAAUGGCGGCCGCGCUGUCACCGGCAUUCUGCGCGGUUUCGAUCCAUUCAUGAACGUUGUGCUCGACGAUACGGUGGAGGAGUGCAAGGAUAAUACCAAAAACAGCAUUGGAAUGGUGGUAAUUCGUGGUAACAGCAUUGUUAUGGUCGAGGCACUGGAUAGAGUCUGAUAUGCAAUCUCUAAAGCAGUCUUAUCCCCUCAGAUGUAUCCAAUUUGGAUAGUUUAGGAUUUGCUGACUUUAAUAGAGAUUUAUCUGCCAGAUAAAGGUUAAAUGUAAACUAUUUAACAAACACAAACUAGUCGUAAGGCUCUA